UGCCGCUGCCCCAACUGCCAGGAGGCGGAAAGGGGGGGUCCCUGCCCCGAGGGGGUGAAACGCAAGCACCUACACAACUGCCACAUCCCCGGCUGCGGGAAGGCGUACGCCAAGACCUCCCACCUGAAAGCCCACCUGCGCUGGCACAGCGGCGACCGACCCUUCGUCUGCAACUGGCUCUUCUGCGGCAAACGCUUCACCCGCUCCGACGAGCUGCAGCGGCACCUCCAGACCCACACCGGCGCGAAGAAAUUCGCCUGCCCCGUCUGCGGCCGCGUCUUCAUGCGCAGCGACCAUCUGGGCAAGCACAUGAAGACACACGAUGCGGGCAAGGACGGGGGCGAACCCGAGGUCAAGGGCGCCGGGGACCCGUCGGCCGGCAAGGGAGGCAAGAGGGAGUCCGAGGGGGGUAACGCCGCCCCCACAAACUGA